AUGUAUGCUAGAAAACUUUUAACCGCGCGGUUCAUUCGUUAUGAAUUUGAUAUUCUCAUCAACGGUCCGAGUUAUCAUGCGCAACAAUCAAAUAGUUUUCUAACACCUAAUUAUCAAGAACGACGUUCAUAUUCGCUAUCGAACACAUUAUCGACACGUACGGGGAAUAAUUCAUUUACAACACGAGAUAAUGGACAAUAUUCAAAAGCUGCUUCGUUUUGCAAUCGAAGUGGCAAUGGUGAUGGAUCGGGGAAGAUACCAUUUCUUUGUCCGAAAUGCGGUGAUGUUUGUAUGCAUGUUGACAGUCUUGUUUCAUCAACAAGAUUUGUUAAAUGUGACAAAUGCAGCCAUUUCUUUGUGAUUUUAUCUGAGAAUGAAAGAGCAAAGAAAUCGAAAGAUGAUAAAAACAAAAAACGACAACCACCGCCCUCACCGAAAAAGAUUUAUGAAUUCCUCAAUAAAUAUAUCGUUGGUCAAGAACAUGCGAAAAAAGUCAUGUCUGUGGCAGUUUACAAUCAUUAUAAGCGUUUACAUAACAAUAUGUCGAUAAAUAAAGCUCCAUUGGAAUCAGCAAUCGUUAAGAAUUCAAAUUUACAGCAAAAUCAAGGUAUCUAG